GAGUGGCAUUGGCAGACUGUCAAUCCCUCACCAAAGCGGCCAUCAAACAACAUAAAACACACACAGUCACUGGGCUGCUGGGCUCAUAAAUUCCAGCUGGCUGAUAUUUUUGCACAUUGCUUUGCAGAGAGUGUGUAAUUAAUUUUUUUACAGUUCUUUCCCCUUUAUUUCCGCUCUUUUCUUUGCACAAGUUCAAACUUUUGAUAGCUGCAAUUUUGUCCCCAUUGUACAGACUUGGGAUCAUUUGUUAUUUUUUUGGGGGGGGGAAGCAAUUAAUUUUUUUCAUCUGUGUUUGUGUUUUCUUGGGCUUUUUUAAUGUUGCAAUUUGGGGAUGGGGGUGUUUGCUUGGUUUGUUGUGGUUUUUGCUGUUUGCCACCCUCCUAACUUUUUAAGGAUUUGAAAGCAAGUUUUUUGUGUUUUUUUUUAAUUUGCCUUUUUUUGCGAAGAAGAUUUUUUUUUUUUGGACAAGUGGAGGAAAGACAUAAGAAGCAACAAUAAAAAUAAAAAGAGGGGAAAAAAGCGUUGGAGGAAGAUUGUACGAGGGAGAGAAAAACUGCAAAGAAACCUCAUCAACUCAUUUAUUCAAGCCACAAAUAUAAUUAUGAUGAAAGAAGAUUGUAACUAAAGAAGGGAGUGAUUUACUGCAUUGGAAAGAAGAGAGUGGAAUAAACAACUGAGAGCCGGUGACAUACUAAAUACUGAUUUAAAAAAAAAUAUUGCGAGAGCAAAUAACAACAAACAGGAACUGAAAUUGACUACAAGAGCCAGAGAUUUAUUUGCAUUUUCUUUUUUAAGCACAAACCUCCUUCCUCUGAUUGUAAGGCUGUUUUUGCCGUUUCUCCUGCUGCUAUCUCUAAAAGUGCAUUGAUUGGGCUGCGGUAGGAGGUAUGGAUGAUCAGUCCAGGAUGUUGCAGACUCUGGCCGGUGUGAACCUGGCUGGCCACUCGGUGCAGGGGGGGAUGGCUCUGCCUCCUCCCCAUGGACAUGAAGGGGCAGACGGCGACGGCAGAAAGCAGGACAUCGGAGACAUCCUCCAUCAGAUCAUGACCAUCACUGACCAAAGCCUGGAUGAGGCACAAGCAAAAAAGCAUGCACUGAACUGCCACAGAAUGAAGCCUGCUCUGUUCAGUGUCCUGUGUGAAAUCAAAGAGAAAACAGGUUUGAGCAUCCGAGGAGCCCAGGAGGAAGACCCUCCCGAUCCCCAGCUAAUGAGACUGGACAAUAUGCUUCUGGCAGAAGGGGUUUCAGGUCCUGAGAAAGGUGGGGGAUCGGCAGCAGCAGCCGCAGCCGCAGCAGCCUCUGGAGGGUCCUCAGAUAACUCUAUCGAACACUCAGAUUACAGAGCCAAAUUGACCCAGAUCAGACAAAUCUAUCACACAGAGUUGGAGAAAUAUGAACAGGCGUGUAACGAAUUCACCACACACGUGAUGAACCUUCUCCGAGAACAGAGUCGGACACGUCCCAUUUCUCCCAAGGAGAUUGAAAGGAUGGUGGGCAUCAUCCAUCGAAAAUUCAGCUCCAUCCAGAUGCAGCUCAAACAAAGCACUUGUGAAGCAGUAAUGAUUCUGAGAUCAAGGUUCCUUGACGCCAGACGGAAAAGGCGGAACUUCAGUAAACAAGCCACAGAAAUCUUGAACGAGUAUUUUUACUCCCACCUCAGUAAUCCCUACCCCAGUGAAGAAGCCAAAGAGGAGCUGGCAAAGAAAUGCAGCAUCACAGUAUCACAGGUCUCCAACUGGUUUGGCAAUAAGAGAAUCAGGUACAAGAAGAAUAUUGGGAAGUUUCAGGAAGAAGCCAAUCUUUAUGCUGCAAAAACAGCUGUGACUGCAGCACACGCCGUGGCAGCAGCUGUCCAGAAUAACCAGACAAACUCCCCCACCACACCAAACUCUGGUUCUUCUGGUUCUUUUAACCUCCCAAAUUCUGGGGACAUGUUCAUGAACAUGCAGAGUCUGAAUGGGGAUUCUUACCAGGGGUCCCAAGUCGGAGCCAAUGUGCAAUCACAGGUGGAUACCCUGCGUCAUGUUAUCAAUCAGACGGGAGGAUACAGUGAUGCCUUGGGAGGAGGUUCACUGUACAGUCCACAUAAUUUAAAUGCUAAUGGAGGCUGGCAGGACGCAACUACUCCAUCUUCUGUGACUUCCCCUACAGAAGGGCCGGGAAGUGUGCACUCUGAUACCUCUAACUAAUCUCCUAGCAACACUUUUUCCCUAAGCUGAGAUGCCUUGAUUAGCGCAUUCAGAGUAACAGGAGAAAAAAAAAGGAAUUUUUUUUGUAGCCAACCACCUACAGCUUUACUGUAAAACCUUGUCUUAUUAGAAAAUUGGUAAAUCUGUUUUUUAAAGGUAUCAUAGUCAUUUGUAUUUAUACUUAAAACACACAAUGUUAAAAAGCACUUUAUCCGAUUAGGCCAAGAUUUAGCAUUGUUUAUAGCCCUGUAACUAUUAUAUCAUAAUUUAUUAUCAGCUGUUUUAACAAUGAUGGUUUAACACUUGCCAAUUACUUGGCCUUAAAGGGUAAAAGUACAGUAUAUGCUUAACCUCAACAGCAAGAGCCGACACAAAGAAACACCCCACCUAAAUUUAACUUCUUGCAUAUUUCCAUGGAAAGCCUAAAUGAAUUACAAACUUUGAUUAUGUUUCAUCUUUUCAUAUCUCUUAUAGAGUUGGAAUAAAAAAAGCCGUUCAGUUAUUUCAGUUAACAAUGGUUGUGUUUAAGAAUCCUUAUUCGUCACAUUUUCGUUGUGAUCAAUUGUUUUAUAAAUUAGAUUGGAAACUGGGAGCACCAGCAUCUACUCUCUGUAUUUCAAUAAUGGACAUAAAUUGUUCUAAGAGAUGAAGAUACUUGCUGCUUAAUUUUGUGGAAGCCAAUAUCUGGGGUUUUACAGUACGAGCUAGGUGCUGCACACGGAUUUGCCAAGACUUGCUACAUCUUCUUGGUAACAACAACAAAAACAAGGAAGGCACCAUUGUAUGGAGUGUUGUAUAUAGUGUAGCAAAAGAGUAUUUAUACAUCUCACCAAUCAAAACACAGCUUUAUUACCUCAUGCGAACUCAUACAAACCAAUAGAAUUUCAACAUGUUCUGUAGCUUAGAGUGCUCACUUACUACCUCUGAACAAUACUCACGCUGUAGUUUGUCUCUUUCUUAUCUUUUUGCAUCUUGUAAUUAAUUAACCCUUUGUUUCCCCUCAUGAAAUGUAAUGUACAUUGUAAUCUUUUAAAAAAAAAUCAGGGUUGCAUUUGCAACUUUUAAAAAAGCUAAAGUGGAAACAUUGGGUCUUAGGUUUAACACAAAACAGUAAAACUGUUGUAAAUACUGAGAAACAUUUUGAAUGUUCUUCAUCUUGUUACUAAUCCACGCAAAAAACAACAACUAAUUGUAAUGCAUACAGAUUUCAGUAUUCAGUACUGUAUAUUUCGCCCUGUAUAACAGGGGGACCUUUCUUUCUCUCUUUUGUAUUGUAUGCAAUUCUGAAACUGAUUGAGUCAUGAAAAUAAUUUGUGGCAGUGAUUCUAAUGUAUUAAAACGUUUCGUGUUACUUUCUAACUGGAUUACACCCUGGAUUGAAAAGUCUUCCUCGUGGUAGUUAUAUGUAGUUUCAAACAUGAAUAAACUUUUUGCUUUCAUGAUCAAAUGUUGAUGUAAUUUGUUCCUGAUCAGUUUGAGUCAGCCAGCAAAGAUAAAGUCAGAGAUG